AUGUCACACAAGAUAACGAAACCAAGUCAGGAUAAACCUAAGUCUCAAGAAGGUAAACUACUAGAUAAACUAGAUGAUGAUAUUUUAAAAGUAAAUAAACUUCGAGGGAAUUUAAAGAAUUCACCCACAUCUCCAAAACAUUCAAUUGAUGAUGAAAUUAAAUUAGAAGAGCAAGGUUCAGAAUCAGCAGCGGAUGAAAAUUGGCAAAUAGCUUCAGAAUAUUAUAAAAAUAUAGAUACUAAAGCAUUUCGACAAUAUGAAUUAGCAUGUGAUCGAGUUAAACAAUUUUAUGAAGAACAACAUGAAAAACAAACAGUUGCUUAUAAUAUUCAAGCAAGAAUUAAUUUUAAAACUAAAACAAGAGCUAAAAUGUCAGUUUGGGAAGGAUUAGAAAGAUUAAAUAAAUUACUUGAUGAUUCUGAUCCCGAUACAGAAUUAUCACAAAUUGAUCAUGCUUUACAAACAGCUGAAGCAAUUAGAAGAGAUGGAAAACCAAGAUGGUUUCAAUUAGUUGGAUUAAUUCAUGAUUUAGGUAAAUUAUUAUAUUUUUUUGAUUCAAAAGGUCAAUGGGAUGUUGUUGGUGAUACUUUCCCAGUUGGUUGUAAAUUUCUGAAACGAAUUAUAUUUCCUGAUAGUUUUAAGAAAAAUCCUGAUUUUUUAAAUCCUUUAUAUAAUACAAAAUAUGGAAUAUAUUCAAAACAUUGUGGAUUAGAUAAAGUAAUGUUAAGUUGGGGUCAUGAUGAAUAUAUGUAUCAUGUGGCAAAGAAAAAUUCUACAUUACCAAUUGAAGCAUUAGCUAUGAUUAGGUAUCAUUCAUUUUAUCCAUGGCAUCAAGAAUUGGCAUAUAGUUACUUGAUGGAUGAUCAUGAUAAAGAAAUGUUACGUGCGGUGAAGGCAUUUAAUUCUUAUGAUUUAUAUUCCAAAUCUGAUCAACAAUAUAAUGUUGAAGAAUUAAAACCUUACUAUCUUGAAUUAAUUGAUGAAUUUUUCCCAAAUAAAAUUAUUGAUUUCUAA